AUAGAAACAAAUUACAGAAAAUUUAAAGCACAAAAAGGAGCUAUAAAAUGGUGAAAAAUACAUACACACCUCCAACCUCAUAAAACAGAAGCAAGGAAGAAAGAAAAACACCCAAAACCUUCACAAAGUGCAUGGUUUUGUCAUUUGUGUGACUUAAUUCAUGGCUAACACAACCACAAUAUACUUAUUUCUACUUCCUACUACUCUUCUUCUAAUAAUCUUCUACUUCUCAUCUUUCCAUCAAAACAAUUUCAACUUUAGUCUUUCUUCUACUAAGCUUCUUUCACCAACAUCAACUCCACCCAUAAACACUACAAUUAAUCAAACUCAUAUUCAUGUCCAUUAUCACAACAUCACUUUUCCUGAUGCGGAUGCAAAGACACUUGUUCUACACGAGCCUAUUGACUUAGUUAUGGAGCCUACCAAGCUAGAAAAGAAGAAGAAAUAUGAGUUAAAGAAUAGUUUAGAGAAGAUUGAAGAUGGAUUAGCUCGAGCUCGGGCCGCGAUCCGAGAAGCAGCCCGGACGUGGAAUUAUACGUCGGAGGAAGAACAGACUUUCAUUCCAAGAGGAUCCGUUUACAAGAAUCCAUAUGCUUUUCAUCAGAGCCAUAUAGAGAUGGUGAAAAGAUUCAAAAUAUGGACUUAUAGAGAAGGGGAACCACCCAUGGUGCACCAAGGACCAACGCGCAACAUUUAUGGUGUAGAAGGCCAGUUUAUUGAAGAAAUGGAGGGUGAGAUGAGCUCAAAAAAGUUCAUCGCUCACCACCCUGAUGAAGCACACAUGUUUUUUCUGCCUUUUAGUAUAUCCAAGAUGGUGGAUUUUCUUUACACUCCCCUUGUCUCCUACAAUCGAGGACCUCUCUAUAGGGUGGCUUUGGACUAUGUUAAUGUGGUGGCUCACAAGUAUCCUUAUUGGAAUAGAAGUCAUGGGGCUGAUCAUUUCAUGCUCUCUUGCCAUGAUUGGGCACCAGACAUUCCAAAAGCAGACCCAAAAUUGCUUCAUAAUCUUAUUAGAGCACUUUGUAACGCCAAUUCAUCAGAAGGAUUUCGAUCCAUAAAAGACGUCUCCAUCCCUGAAGUUAAAAUUCCAGUUGGAAGUUUGAAUCCACGAAGCAUUAAUACACGAAUAAGUAAGAGACAAAUCUUUGCUUUUUUUGCUGGUGGUAUGCAUGGAAAUGUCAGGAAAUACCUAUUUGAAAUUUGGAAGGGAAAAGAUGAAGAUAUCAAGGUUUAUGAUUAUCUUCCAAAACAUUUAAAUUACUUUCAAAUGUUGGGCCAAAGCAAGUUUUGCUUAUGCCCUAGUGGUUAUGAAGUGGCAAGUCCAAGAAUAGUUGAGGCUAUACAUGGAGAUUGUGUACCAGUGAUUAUCAAAGAUAAUUAUUCAUUUCCAUUUAGUGAUGUUCUUGAUUGGAGCAAAUUUUCAGUUCAUAUUUCCGUGGACAAAAUUCCUGAUAUUAAGAGGAUUUUGAAAGGGAUUUCUUCAAAAAAAUACUUGAAAUUACUAAAGGGAGUAAGAAGUGUAAAGAGGCAUUUUACAAUAAAUAAGCCUUCUAAGCCCUUUGAUUUAAUGCAUAUGAUGUUGCAUUCUUUGUGGUUGAGAAGGCUUAACAUAAGAGUACCAUAUUGAUAAAAUGUUAUACUUCAUGGUUCCGAGAUAGUUUCAAAUUUUAAUAAUUUUUUGGUGCUAUAUUUUGUAAUAACUAGCUUUUGUAAUUAGAUUGUUGAUUGGGCCUUUGGCCAUGCUGCUUUUACUUUUGAAGGUAAGGGGGCUAUCCUUGAA